UGCUGGCAGAGGAGGGCGCUUCAUCGCCAUGUGAACACACAAACGGGUCCAGUCUCUGCGAAUCCGAGCGAGUGCGAGCGAGUGUGUGCUGGACAGGAGCUCUUUACCGCGGCCAACGCCAUGAACCUUCGCGGCGGCAGCAGCCCACAAACCCACAGCACAGGACCACAGCACGCGAGAAGACGUUUGGUGAAGUAAAAUUUGGACUCGUGCGCUAUUCUAGUUUGGGGCCGUGCGAAAGUGAAGACGCACGAGUUUUUGUGACUGUGCUCGCGCUGACCAUCGUGGGAGCAUGUUCUGUGGAGCGAAUCCGCGCUGGACCUCUCAACUUUGUUACCCACUUUCAAGCAUCAUGACCGUCUCCUCAAAGUACAGCCCCCUUCUGUUCGUCUGCUCUCUCCUUUUCACCCCAGGAUGUGCUUUUCUCUUUGACUGGGUCGACACAGCCUCAUCAGCUCCCCUUGUGCCUCAUUUCACUGAGUGCAUUUCGAGAGAGAUGGCCACGUUCAGCUGUUGGUGGAGCACUGGCAGUUUCCAGAACAUCUCGUCUCCUGAAGAUCUCAAGGUUUUCUAUGAAAGGAAAAGCCCUGGAAAGACCGACCGUAACGAGUGUCCUCAGUAUAAUUACCUAAACCAGGAGUGUUUCUUCGACGCUAACCACACCACGGCCUGGGACACAUACUGUCUGGAGCUCCAUGUUCAUAAUGUGACAUAUGCCAAUGAAGACGACUGCUUUACUUUGCCCUAUAUCGUGAUUCCAGACCCUCCCGUGGCUCUGAACUGGACCUUGUUGAACCUGAGCCCCUCUGGCCUUAGUUACGACGUGCUGGUCAGCUGGAAACCUCCGCCCUCCGCAGACGUCAAGAGCGGAUGGAUGCGCGUAGAGUACGAGCUCCAGUACAGAGAACUCAACUCGACUAAGUGGAAAAAUUUGGAGAUCCAGUACGACCCUCAGCAGACGAUCUACGGGCUACACGUCGGACGCGAGUACGAGGUGCACAUUCGCAGUAAGAUGAAGGCUUUCGUUAAGUUUGGAGAGUUCAGCAAAUCCAUCUUUAUUCAAAUCGAGGGCAGUGGUGACGAUGGAACCAGCUUCCCCGUCAUGCUGGCACUCAUAUUUGGAAUAUCUGGCAUCUUUAUUAUCAUUAUGUUUAUCGUUGUGUCUCAGCACCAAAGAUUAAUAAUGAUUCUACUGCCUCCAGUCCCAGCACCUAAAAUAAAGGGAAUAGACUCAGAACUGCUAAAGAAAGGUAAAUUAGAGGAGUUAAAUUUGAUCCUGAGUGGAGGUGGAAUGGGCGGCCUCUCUGCACAUGCGCCUGACUUUUACCAGGACGAGCCCUGGGUGGAGUUCAUAGAAGUUGACAUUGACGGAGCCGAUUCUUCAGAGAAAGAAGACAACCAGGGCUCCGACACCCAAAGGCUCUUGGCUCUGUCCCAACAAGUCGGAAACCACAUGCAUAUAGGGAGCUCCAAUGCAACCUGCUUUCCUGAUGAUGACUCCGGCCGGGCCAGCUGUUACGAUUUAGAUCACCCUGACCAGGACCCUCUCAUCCCCAUGGCAACCCUAUUACCGGGACAGCCGGAGGAUAGAGAGGCUUCUGCCGACAGAGACCAAACCACAGCACCCCAAACCUGGGUCAACACAGACUUUUACGCCCAGGUCAGCAACGUGAUGCCGUCUGGAGGGGUGGUCCUGUCUCCUGGACAGCAGCUUCGAGCACAAGAGAACCAGGAAGAUGCCAAAAAGGGAAGUAAGAAGGAAACUUGUGACGAUAACGCAAAAGACAUACAUUUUCAGCUGUUGGUUGUGGAUCCAGAAAAUACAGAGAUUAAACAAAAUAGCACUCCCUCGACAUCACCAGUCUCCAAUGAGGGCUACCAGACCGUCCCGCUGCAAACCGUGGAUCCCAACCCCAUAGAGGAGCAGCAGUCACCCUACAUCCUGACCCCCGACUCCCCCCAGUCCCCCCCAUUCACCCCUGUGGCAGACUACACAGUGGUACAGGAAGUGGACAGUCAGCACAGUCUGCUGCUAAACCCGCCCCCACAACAACAAGCCCCGCCCCCCUCCUGUCAAUCGCAACACCCGCUCAAAUCCCUGCCCGCCAUGCCCGUGGACUACAUCACCCCGGAUCUGUUUGGACACCUCUCACAGUGAAAACAUACAGAAAAAAACAUUUAAUUAUCAAUGCCAAAUAUGUUUUCUAAAAGGGAACUGUGAAAAGAACUUGUUGCAUCUGUAUUUUUAAUGGGAUGCAGAGAGACAGUAUUAAGCUUAUGGUGUACAAGUGUUACGGACUCCUAAACCGCUUGUUAUCAAGAUUUUCCAGUCUUAAUCUCAAAAGGAGGAGGUAGUUGGUAAAAGACAAGCACAUUCUAGUUAUGGCAUUUUGAAUGAAGAUCUAUUUUUCAUAGAAAGGAAAAUGUAAAAAAAAAAAAAAAAGAAGACAACACAGCACACGUAUUAAGCAUUCCUAUGUUGCUCGAUUGUAUUGUGUUGUAUUUUUAUAUGAAAAAACAAAACUCAAAAACAGUUACACUAACGCUACACGAAGAUGAUCUUAUUUGAUUUUGGCCCGAGACCCACAUUACACUAUUUUCUGAUCUAUGUUUUAAUGUUGUUUCCUCAUCACAAACAGACCUGGAGUUGUGUUUUGUUUCACACGUUUAACACACAAACCUGCAUAUUUAGGCCGAAUUCUUCUCUCAAACAGAAAACACCUUGUGAUGUCAUGUGGCAAUACAGGAAGUGCUCCAAUGUGUUUCUAAACUCCACACACCUUCACCAGAAUCAUUUGGAUGAUUUCAGCUCUGGAGCUACCAGUGUCUACUGAACAAAACAUAAAAGGUAGAUGUUAACUUCAAAACUACCACUGCAUGACAUCAUAAGGUGGAACAGAGCAUUUUGAGCUUUGGAGAUGUAGACAGACUAAUAAUACAUUACUAAAAUAUAUGUGAGUGAAAAAAACACAACUCCAGCUAUGUUUUUGAUGAUGUAACAACGCUCUAACAUGGCUUAAAUCUCACAAGAGUAAAUUUAGCAUAAUAUUGAACCUUUAAUGUAACACUGGUUCUAUGAAUCCCCGGGUCUGGGUCGGGUUCAGACUGUUCAGGCUCGGACCGGGUCUGGUAUUUGGGUCCGAUCUAAACUCUAACAAGAAUAUAUUUUUGUGAUAUAAUAGUUUUAAAAGGAAAAUCUGUCAUUACUUACAGUCAAAGCAGAACCACGUAGUGCCUUACAGUGCACAUUGAAGGGAUAAAAAACAGAAGUCAAUUUACUUUGUGUUUAAUAUAGUAGCUAUUGUUUGGUAUUGAAAUGAACAUAUUACAUUAUGAAGAAACUGGAAAACCUAAUGUGAAAUUCAUUGCCAUUUAAGCCUGUACAUAACUUUAAUGGAGCUGUGGUAUUAGCGUGUUACAAUGGCUCGCUUGUCUCAAAAUGUUUAGGUCGCUUCAUGAAUGGCUCUUUAUGGACAAGCCAGCACAUUUAUAUUAUGAUAUGCCAAAGUACAGUAGAAGUUCGAUGUAAAAACCCUGCAGGGAUGGUCAUGUUAUGAUAUAUUUCAUACAAAAAACAUCAGUGACAUUUUCAGAAGCUGUGACGUGUUGUUACCCAUUACAUUUUUGUUAUUUUUUUGUUGUAUUUGUUUCAGUAAUUUAAGUAAUACGGUCCAAAGUAUUGAAUUCUUAUCAUGGUAAAUAGUGAGUUAUAAGGACCGGACUAGUAUAUCCUAAAAGGAGCUGAACUAGAUGCUCAUUCUUUACUGAAAAUAAAACUAUACAGAACAAAAUUGAACUUUUGCGCGGCAGUAUUAAAAUAAUCUACAUCUUUAAUCAUCAUAACGGUAUCAAAACCAGUCCCUAUUCAUGAGUUUCAGAAUCCUGUUAUACGCAAUGAUUUAUGGACUUUUCCCCCAUUCAAAAGAUACACUAUCUUGUUUUAAAUUGUUAAUCGCUACGACAACGGGCCUAAUUUUUUAUCAUUCUUGACCCCCUUGACAUCGAAGCUCGUAUGACUGAACAAAACAUCCUCAACGUAAAAAAAAACAACUGUUUUCUUAACCAGUAACACUGUAAAUACUGGGUUUUUUUUUUAUGUUUAUCUCAUUAACAGACUAACAAAUUGAAAUAUAAAAAAACAGACUUCAAAAACACAUUACAGCAACAAAUGACUAUUUAAAUCCGACAUUAAAACCUCUUUGUGUAUCGUAUUAAUGGGAUACUCAGCUUUGAAUACACAUCUUGUAUAGAGGAAGCUACAGUACUACACUUGGACAUAUCGGUGUUAUUAUAUAUGUGCAGUUCAUUAUAGUGAAGAGCCGGACGCCAUUGUUACGCCUUUACCAUCACAAAUAACAUUUAAUCAUAAACUCAUAAACAGAUACAAGUACUGCUUUUCCGUGUUCAGUUAUCACAAAAGCUCGAGUAUACGCUGACAAAUGUGAAUAUGUUAUGUUUUUGCCCCAUGUGGUCGCAAAAAAUGUCUUAAUAUAUGUUUGAAAAUGUGUUUUCUUUUGAAAUAAUCACAAGUGUUUGCUGCUCGGUACAUGUAAUUUUGUAUUCAGGCCUUUUUCAUGAAAUCCGUUCUGGGAUAUAGAGGAAAAGACAAUCGGAAAAGGUUGUGGAAGUCCAUACUGUCUAUGAUUGUAACAUUGUAUUGUUUUCUGAUUGUUUUUGUACAUGAAGAAGAAGAUUGGAAAAGCGUUUCAGAUAGAUUUCACAUGCAUCACAUACAGUUAUUGCGAAUGUGCCAUCAGAUAUGUACAGUGUAAAUUUGGCUGUGCAGUAGAUGAGGUUUAGCUCCAUCUAGUGGUGGGGUUAUACAUUACUAGUCUCUUGCAAAAAUUGGGAUUAGGAAAAUGAUUUUUUGAGAAUUUUGGGGCUAUUUUUUUUCUUAUCCUUUUUUUAAAUUAUUUUUGAAGAUUAUUUAAGAAACGCUUAACACGAAAAGGAAAUUUGUAGUUUACUAAAUACUUACAAAAUGACGUAUAUAAUGAUAACGGUGUUUGCGUAUUCAUUAGCAUGUGAAAUGUAAUCCUUUAUUUAGGGCUGUACUCUAUUGGAUGUUAUUUUAAUGUGCAAUAUACGGCUGUUAAAUUUUGCGAUAAUAUUGCUACAUUUCAAUAUACUUUCAGAUACAAUCAUUUCAGUUAUAUUAAAGCAAAUGUACAUACCUUCAUUUGUCAAACUGUUUCAAACUAAAAACUUAAGAGACAAAAAGCAAGGCUAAUGGAACGCAACAGUGAUCGUAUGUUUUGUUUCUGGAAGUAAGUUUUCCAUUCAUUUUUCCCAUAGAAAAUACAAAUAUUAAGAGAUUCGGGAUUCAAGAUUCAGCAAAAUGUGGUUUAUUAAGUAUCAAAACAGAUUUAGAGAACAGAUUUUACAUUUCAAACUUUUUUUUUUUUUUUUUUUUUCAGAAAGUCAAUGGGAAAAAACAAUGAGAAAUUUAGUUCCGAACCAGCGUUUUAGCGGCCACUGUUGAACUCCACUAAUAGCGAAAAUAAUAUCAUAAUUCUGUAAUAAAAUCUGCCUUUUUACAGAUUUUAAACCUUUUUUUGGGGGGGGACCUUGAUGUUAUCGCCAUAUAUUUAGUUUGUCGCAAUAUCAAAUUUAGAUUUUUGUUCUCACUACUAUUUGAAUAGAGAAUUUCAUUGUUUUUGUCCCAGUACUAAUCACGUUGUGUGUACAGUUGUUUACAGCAUUUCUUUACCAGAUCACUACGAGCGCGUUCUUAAUGUAGUGCAGAUUUUAUUAGGCUAGUAUUAAUGUUACAAACACAGCAAGCACUUUGUAUCCUUAUAGUGUAUACAUGUAUCGUAAUUAUUCAGAUUAACAAGAGUAUAUGUUCUAGUCGUGCGGAAUGAUAUUUUAAGUAUUAUUUUACAACAAUAAUCAAAUGAGGAAUUUUUGGCAACCUGUAGUUUUGUUUCUGCUUUUGUUUAUGGGAGAGUAUUUGACACUACCAGAUUUGUAGAGCGAUGUACUGUAAUGAGGUGUGGAGACAUAAGGGCGGUCUGUUUUGAUUUGAAUCAUUACAAGACUACAACUAAAAUGGCUACUGUAAAUCUUAGCUCAAUGUUUCUCCCUCGAUGUGAUUUUGGCAUUUCAAGUGUUUAGUGCCAAAGUGUAUUUUUUUUUAUCAAGUGUUACCUGUCUGUCAAACCUGGAAAUAAUCUGGAUUUUUGUAAGGUUUUGUCGAGUCAAAUGACGAGAUUGAGUGGGGAGGUCACGUUCACGUUAGUUUUGACUUCACUGACGAGGGCGGUGGCAUUUCUGUAACUUUUUCACGAUUUUAAUUUAAAAACGAGCCACUGGUCUGGUCAUUUGGCUGAGGUGGAGAGCCGUGCUGAUUUUGGCUGAUAUCUUUUCUGUGUGUCAUCAAAGCUUUUCAUUCAGUUACAUAAUAAACAUGUUUAAAACUGA